AUGGGUGAAGAACCUGAGCCGGAUUAUGUGCAUUUUUCAUCGAAUAGCAGCAUAAAAUGUUGUCAACCUGUUCAUAUUAACAAUGAAUAUUUCCUCCUCAUCGGUAACCAUGUUGGUGUUUGCUCGUUGUUCUCGUUACAGUCCAAUACAAUUAUUGCUACAGUUCAUGAAGAUAAAGAAGAACGCCAGAUCGUUGGUGUAGGACAAAUUGAGAAUGGUGAUCUUUUCAUACACAUCCGAAGCUAUGAAGUUCUAAGGAUCCGUGCGAAGAAAUCAAUUCGAAAUAUUCUUUCUUUUGAUGUGGUCAACAAAUGGUCCACUUCAUAUUGCGGUUUCUGUGCUGCGAUCAGUUGUACGUUUGGUUUACUGAUACCUAGUGAUAUGGCUCAGUUAAAACUAAUCAAAGGAGAUAGUGAACAAAUCAUCGAUUUGUGUUCAAAUGAACUGAAGAAUUGUGGUACUUUGACAUGUUUCGCUACAAUAUUAUCGAAUUUUAUAUUGAGUGGAUUCGAAAAUGGUACUUUGGCGGUGACGGAUAUCGAAAGUUCGGAUUUGAUCGAUAAGGUUGAAGCGUUCCGAAAACCAAUACUUGCAUCAGCAGUACAUAGCAACUAUAUAGUAGUAUCGUCUGUGGCUUCACCGUUAAAGACUUUUCACUUGGACGAUAAUAAAUUGAUUGAAUUGAAUUCAAUACCUUUCCCACAAACUGCUCGGGGAUGUGGCUCGUUGUGUUUUUCACCAUGUGGAAAACUAGUGGCGUCUGGUUAUUGGGAUGGCUCAGUGCGUGUGCACUCACUUCGAAGUGGCAAAAUCCGUGCUUGUAUCACUCUCCAUUCAAACUUAAUCAAUCAUUUGUGUUGGUGUAAUGUCGAGACGACGAGAAUAUUAUUCGUCGCUUCUGAUGACUGUAAACUUUCAAUAUGGAAUCUGCAUAAAGAUCGGUAG